AUGGCGGCGUGGCUGGGCCGGCUGUCUUUGGGCGACGCCUGGUACAACAUGUACUCCCGCCUGCUGAGAACCAAACCGGUGGGCUCCAUGGCUCACAGCUCUGACGACCUCACCGAGCUCGGGGAGGGGUCGGCGGUCGGGCUCGCCAAGGUCCUGACCACCGUGGAUCUGGUGUCGCUCGGCGUGGGCAGCUGCGUCGGCACGGGGAUGUAUGUGGUCGCCGGGCUGGUGGCAAAGGCGAUGGCUGGGCCUGGGGUCAUCCUGUCUUUUAUUAUUGCGGCGAUGGCGUCCAUAUUGUCAGGUGUGUGUUACGCAGAGUUUGGUGUCCGGGUCCCGAAGACGACCGGCUCGGCCUACACCUACAGCUACGUGACCGUCGGGGAGUUUGUGGCGUUUUUCAUUGGCUGGAAUCUGAUCCUGGAGUAUCUGAUUGGCACGGCGGCGGGAGCGUCCGCCCUCAGCAGCAUGUUCGACUCUCUGGCCAAUCACAGCAUCAGUAACUACAUGAUAACACACCUGGGCACGCUCAGAGGACUCGGUAAAGGUGAGGACACGUACCCUGACCUGCUGGCUCUGUUUAUUGCCCUGCUGGUCACAGUCAUCAUCGCCCUCGGCGUGCGUAACUCUGUGGGCUUCAACAACGUGCUCAACGUGGUCAACCUGGUGGUCUGGGUCUUCAUGGUCAUCGCCGGGCUCUUCUUCCUGUCCGUCAGCAACUGGGAGAGCGGCAACUUCCUGCCCUACGGCUGGUCGGGGGUGAUGCACGGUGCAGCGACCUGCUUCUACGCGUUCAUCGGCUUCGACAUCAUCGCGACGACAGGAGAGGAGGCGAAGAACCCGAACACCUCCAUCCCGUACGCCAUCACCGCCUCGCUGGUCACCUGCCUCACGGCAUACGUGUCGGUGAGUGUGAUCCUGACGCUCAUGGUUCCCUACGACCUGAUAGACGGCUCGGCUCCUCUCAUGGAGAUGUUUGCGGUGCACGGCUUCCUGUGGGGGAAAUACACCGUGGCCGUGGGCUCCAUCGCCGGACUCACCGUCUCUCUGCUGGGCUCUUUGUUCCCCAUGCCCAGAGUCAUCUACGCCAUGUCCCAGGACGGCCUGCUGUUCAGGUGCUUGUCUCACGUGUCGUCGCUCACACACACUCCCGUGGUGGCGUGUGUGGUGUCGGGGUGCUUCGCAGCCCUCCUCGCUCUGCUGGUGAGCCUGCGGGAUCUGAUCGAGAUGAUGUCCAUCGGCACGCUGCUGGCCUACACUCUGGUCAGCGUGUGUGUGCUCCUCCUGCGCUACCAGCCCGAUGAACAGACCGACACACACCAGUUGAACUCCGGGGAGGACAUGGCCGGCCUGAAGCACCAGGACGACGCGGCGGCCCCCACUAAAGACGACCAGAUGCUGAUCGGAGGCUCAGACGGCGAUGGAUCGGCGUCCUACCACGCUGGUGGGACUGAAGGAGAGGGGGACGACUCUGACUUCCACACAGGCCACGCCUCACUGUUGAAAAGGCUUCUGGGAGGUCAUUACUACACCCUGCGGCUGCGGCUGAGGAUGCCCGAUGCGUCGGCCCGGCCCACCCCCACCACCGGCCGCAUAGUGACCCGAUGCACCCUCCUCUUCUUCUUCACGUCCUUCCUCCUCUGGUCCACCGUCAUAUUUGGCGUCGAGCUGGGAACCGGUGCCGCAGCGGUGUUUUCCGGCCUCAUGGCCACAGUGAUGGCGGGGUCCUUGGCGAAGCUUUUAAUCACGAUCCUACAGCAGCCGGAGAGUGGGAGGAGGCUGCCCUACAUGGCGCCCUGUGUGCCCUUUGUCCCCGCGGCAGCCAUAUUGGUUAACAGCUACCUGAUGCUUAAACUGUCUCCACUCACCUGGGCCAGGUUCACCGUCUGGUGCUUCAUCGGUUUGUUGAUCUACGGGUGUUACGGGGUGUGGCACAGCACGCUGGAGCUAAACGCCCGGGAGCAGCAGGCGCACGCCAGCUCCUACCAGCGCUACGACGACCACUUGGACGACGACGCCUUCUCCCCCGACGACAUCCUCCCCCCCCCCGAGGAACAGGACGAGAGACCCUACCAGGGCUGGUCCGCCCCGGAGGAGAGGGGCCACAACUACCAGCCGCAGGAAAACCAAGACGGGGAGCAGCAGCAGGACCAGCGCGAGGAUAACGGCGACCAGCACGGAUACCAGUCUGGACCAGGAGGCCAGUCUGCGAGCAGAGGAAGGACCAAUCAUGGCUUUGAUGAAGAGGACUGAAUCUGGAAUUAUGACUUGAACACUUUUGAAGUGAGACACUUUUGUUUUAAUAUCUUCUGCUCAGUGUGAUACCAGGUUCGGAUACUCGAGGUGAGGACACAACCUCCCACCAUGUUCCUCUAGCGUCUGUCUCCACCAACGUCUCUCCUGGUUCUCACCUUCGGCCUCGGUUUGUGUUUCUCGUCUUCCUCCAAACACCUUGACUCAGUGACUUCCCAUAAAACGUUCGGCCUCGACUACACAGGAUGUUGUUGUUGUGAACAUGAACUGUACGCUACCUAAUAGUUCAAAGUAAAGUUCAAAUGAUUGAAAACAACUAAACGGACAUUUUGAGUACGGCACUAAUCAGUUUUCUGUUCCCAUCAUGGUAACUACGCUUCGUAAAGAGUUAUUCUCUUAAUUCACACACAUGUGACUCAAACUGCUUUUGAGGCUUUAAAGAUUGUUGAUAUUUGAACUAAACACCCAAACAGAUCCAGAUUUGCCCUCCGACCCCCACUGUCCCCGUCCACCAGUGUGUCUGAAACACGUCGUCUCUUUGUAUGAACUCUGGAUCUUCUUAUUGGAUUAGAACAGCUGACUGCAGCGUUAAUGGAGGGUUGUUUACCUGAGUCCACUGAGGAGUGAAGAUACUUUGUACGAGCCUAAAGAUGCAGCUCCAUGUUGGAGGAAACUAUCUUUACUCCACUCAGACACUUAAAGGACUAAAAUCAUUUAAUACAGACGUUUUGGCUUCAGAGCCUCUCGAUCUCAGAGCUCCUCUAGAUCUCAGAGCUCCUCUCGAUCUCAGAGCUCCUCUCGAUCUCAGAGCUCCUCUAGAUCUCAGAGCUCCUCUCGAUCUCAGAGC